AUACUUUGUCUUAUGUCAAUGACAGGUAAAGUAAACCACGCGUUUGUGGCAUCCAUUGAGGGGAAGAUACUUGCAAAAACAUCUGGUCUCAUGAUACCCGCCGAUGACGUCACGACGCUGAUCUGCAGCCUCACUUCCAACUACAGCGGGUCCGUGAAGCUCUCAUUGAUGACCUUCACCUACACUUGUUUCAAAGACGACCUCAACUCGGCUUUGAUCGGAAAGGCGGAGAACUCGAUAUUCGUCGCGCGUUUGGGGUCACAGAACGUAGUCGUGGGGUUUACUGAUCCUUGUACCCCUGGCUCUUGCAUUCGAGAGAUUCAAGAAUUGUCGACAGCACUGAGCCAACGAGGUUUAUAA